GUUACGGGAUGUGGCGGACGAGGGUAAGGGUGAGUCUGUCAGGGAGCACUUCGACAUGAGUGGCUUUGGAUGUGCGCGUGGACGUCUGUGGACUGGGCGGCUGAUGGCACUAGCCGUAUGGGCGGUGGUGGGUGUGGCGUGGGCAUCCCCUGUGAGCGAGUUGCGAGCUGAGCACAGAGAGCUGCCGCAGGACAUCCUGUCAGGGCUGCCGGUCGCCUCCCCAGACACAUUCAGCUGGAGCAAACCUGACGGCAGCUACAGGUUCGGCAUGCAAGGCGACGACCAGUGGCGCGUGGAGUCCCGUGACCCUGACGGCACCGUGCGUGGCCGCUACGUCUACAAGACACCGGAAGGACGACUGGUGGAUGUUUCCUACGACUCAGGAUCCCAAGGUUACCGCGCGAGGGGGGAAGCUAUUCCAGGGGGCGCCGCUCCAUUGGACCAGGCACCACUAGAAGACCUCCCCGUGACUCAGAAUCUUGCCUUCCAGAGUCAAGAUCAGGAUCAGGAUCAGCCCCAGCAAGCUCACGACACCAGGGACGAACUAUUGGUCCCUUACGGCGCCCUGCUGCUGACUGAGGUGGAGAAGACGCAGCCCACUGGUGACGGCGUCAUCACUUUUUCUGACGACAGCAACCUAGCCAUCAUCACGGAUAUCCAGGACAGCGACGCACCUCUGAGACCCUCGGCAGUGUUCCCUUUGGUAUUCCUGUCGGACUCUUCAGACCAGAUUGUCGGUCCGCCACUUGUGGAUGAUGAACCUGUCCUUCCUGGAGCCAUUCUAGUGUAGCAACACCCACCACGCCGCCGCGCCGCCUCCCUGCGCCAGGCCAAGCUUGCAGAUUGAAAUGAACUUGAGUUACAUCGUUAAUCACUUCGACGGGAAUGGCAGCAGCGUCUUGUCUUUCAGCCUGAAUGGACAGGUGCUGCGGUGCUGCGAAGAUGAGAGGUUCACAUCGAGACGCUCCGUCACCACCAUUACCGGGACGCGGCACUUAUCAGUCUGAUAAAGCAACUUGAUCCCUCUUCAAACCUGACCUCCACGAAAAACUGAUAGCGAUGAAAAAGGAUCCACAAAACCGUUAUAUGUGUUCAGUGAAGCUAAUCCAAGAAUUCAGAUCUCAUUUAAAACUAUGAUAUAUUCAUAUGCAGCGAGAAACAGCAUCUGAACCACAAUGGACAGUCCUGGCACUAUUGAGUGUUUGCUACAUUGCGUUUAGUUGUAGUGAAGCUUUUUCUUUUCUUUUUUUUUUUUUUUUUUUUUGGGGAGAGUUUUGUGUUUCAGAAACAAGACUAUAUACAAGCUGGCCAUCAUGCUUUUUUAAGAUGGCAGGCACGUUAAGGCUAGACAGAUAUGCCAGUGCCUCGUGACACCGCCUUGCUACCAUCCUCUCCACAGGGCCUGGCAGGAUCUGACGGUGCGGCAUCCACAACUAUGUUACCUAAAGCUUUAAAGGGCAUUUUUCCGUGUUUACCAACCGUGGCAACACGGCGGCCCAGUGUGAGGGUCUCACCCCACAUGUCUUUGUCUCCUGCUGGAGACCCGCUUGUGUGCUGCUGAUGUGAUGUUUGAAAGAAAGUUUAGAGGCAAA